CGCAUAUCCCUUAUCUCACACUUGCAAUGAUUUAACAUAGCACCGUGCAGAAACACGAGAACUAUUUUGACAGCGACAUUGGAUUCGUUGUUUUUGGUUGAUUAGUUAAAGAAAGAGAGAAAUGCAUUUCUACAAACUUUGCAUAAAAUGCUCAUGAGACCACGUUCAAGACACCAGAAGACCAGACUUACUUCUUUUAGAGCAGAUUUUUGAACAAUUUUAUGUAAAACAUGUCAAAAUUCAAAGGUAAAUUAGGUGAGGAGAUACAGAUAAAGACAGCUGAUGGGAGGAAUGUUACUAUAAUAGUGACAAGGAUUGAAGGUGAUGAUGUUGACAGUAUCGCUGUAGAAGUUCUUCCCGAUGAAGGAAAUGACAGUGAAGAGAUAACUAUAAAACUCAAGAAGAAUGAAGAUUGUAAAAGGCUUACAAUUAAGAUAGUUAAAAAUGAAGAUAGUGAUGAUAAAAGUCUUUCUGAUGAUGUAAAUACUGUGGUCAGUGGUAAUGAAUUUCAUUGCAAUGAUAAACUUUUAGCUGAGUUCAAACAGGAAUCUGUAGAUCUACAGAAUGGUCAGACUAAAUGUGGAACAGAUGUAGUGAGAAGAGAAUUGCCUGUGGCAUCUAAGAAAGCAAAUGAAGGAGAACGUUUUGAAGAAGGGAUUGACAGAUCCCUUACCAGCCUUAAAGAAAGUCGGGUGCCUGCUUAUGAUACAGCAAAGACAACCACCAAGAGUGCAAAGAAUAAAUACCAGUGUUCCUUGAAUUGUAUAAAUGACGGAAAUAGCAUACCUAAGAAAAGACGGGGUAGUUCAAGUGCAGAAAGGCAGAGAAAACACAGACAAAAAAUUAGAAAUAAUCCUGAAUUGUAUGAAGCCCAGAGGUUGAAGAUGAAACAACAGAACAAGGAGUCCAAGGAAAGACUGAAAGAAAGACGAAAAAGUGACAAGUGUUUAGAUGAGGAAUGCAAGCGGAAGCAAAGACUGCGGAAACAUAAAUGGAGACAAAAAACUGUUGGUAAAUUUCUAGCUGAAGUUAAACAAGAACCAGUUGAUGUUGAGGAUGGUAUGACGGAAAGUACAACAGCUGUAUUAGAAAGUGAAGCAUCUAUUGCAUCAGUGACAGAAAAGCAAGGAGAAUGUUUUGCAGAAGCACCUGAGGCUGACAGAUCUGUGGGCUGUCCUGUGCAAACUGCAAAUGUGAAGCAGCCAUUCCCAGUUACAGCUGAAUUUAUGUCUGGUUUGAAAAGUUUUACAAGUGAUGAAAGUCUAUUGACAGUUAAUACAGCAGAGGCUAUCACUAAUAUUGUAAAGAAUAAGGUACAACAUUCUAUAAGCUUUAACAAUAACAAAGAUAGCAUUCUUUUUCCUAAAAGAAGAAAAGGAUGUUCUGGUGCAGAAAGAGUUAGAAAAUAUAGACAAAGAGUUAGAAAUAAUCCAGAAUUAUACGCGGCUCAUGUGUUGAAGAUAAAACAGCAGAAUAAGAAUUUUAGGGAAAGACUUAAAGAAAGAUGGAAAACUGACAAGUGUUUGGAUGAGGAAUGCAAGUUGAAGCAAAGACUGUUGAAAAGUAGGUGGAGACAGAAAAAUACUGAGAAUUUAUGCAAUAAGGGCAGAGUGAAGUUGUCGGAUGAUCCUUCCAUAAGUAAUGAGUAUGAUGCAUAUAAGACGAGAGACAAAGUGAAUUCUACAACUGAGUCUGAGGGACCUACUUUUAUACAUGGAACAGAAGUGAUAAACAGUUUAAAUGAUGAAAGUAAACAAAAACUCGUGACAUUUCAAGCUAUAGAUGAUAUUGGAGAUGUUGAAGAAAUCACGGAGGAAGAAUUGAAAUAUUUUAUAACUGUUAACACAAAUUCACCUGAUAGCUAGGACCCUCAGGUCACCCUGGACUGUUGAAUUGUUCCAUACGAGUGGUGCUACCGGUACUUGAGAAGUACCGUAAUUUCAAAUCAGCCUUAGUGUAUAUUCGUAACAAAUGUUCUAAUGCAACAUUUGAUAUAUGCAGAUAUCUUUUAAGUUACUGAAAAGUGCAUUUUUUAAUUUUGUUAAACUCUUACAAACAGUAAGCUGUUAUGAAUGAAAUGUGUAUAAGUUUAAAAUAAAAAUCAUGUAAUGAU